GUCUCUUCCUCUUUGUGUGACUUGGGGUCACGUGCAUGUAUGCAGUGUGUGUCCGUCCGUGUCUCUGGCCUCUCCAAGCCUGUGUUCGUGUCUGUCGCUCAGUGCCUCUCCCUGUCUCUGCGAGCGUCUCCGGGUCCCCGGCUGUUCGUGGCAGGGCCGGUCCGGCCGAGCAGCGGAUGUGCGAGGGCUGAUUCGGGGGCUGACAGGAAGCCCGCCGCCUCGCCUGCUGCCCGCCAGUCUCGGUGGCGGUGGCGUCGGCUCGGGCAGGUGUGCGGGCUCAGGAUGAGGUGGCCGCAGUGAGGAGCCCCCGACUCUCAGCGCUGCAGGGCGCGUGGCCAGGAGCGGACAUGAAUGUGGAGAGCGAGCUGCUGUGGCCCGGGGUGGCCCUGCUGCUGCUGCUGGGGACUGUGGCCGGCCUGUGCGUGCGCUGCUCCCGCCCAGCCAUGAAGAAGUCCGAGAAGAUCUAUGAGCAGAGGAGCCUGGAAGAGAAUCAACAGAACUUUGCAGUGGCCCGGACCUAUUCCUUGGUCAGACAGGCCUGGCCAGGGCCCCUGGUGGACACAGACUCCGACGUGGCGCCAACAAGGAAGGACAAGCUGCUGAGGUUCUCCCCCAGCCUCGAGGAUUCUGAGUCCUCCAGGUACCAGAACUUCAGCAAAGGGAGCAGACAUGGAUCCAGAUCCGGAUCCAAUGCAGCCUACAUAGACCCCAUCACCAUGGACUAUUACAACUGGGGGCAGAUCCAGAAGCCCAGGGAAGAUGACGAUGAUGAUGACGCCAAUUCGUACGAGAACGUGCUCAUCUGCAAGCCGAAGGACCCCGAGUCAGGUGACGAGGGAUCCGAGGAUUACCAGAACUCGGCAUCCAUCCGGCAGUGGCGGGAGUCCAGGAGGGCCGUGGAGCGAGUCCCGAGGGAAGAGCCUCUGUCCCUGGCAGGCAGCCCAGACGAGGACAGCGAGGACCCCGAUUACGUGAAUCAGAAUGUGGCAGCCACAGAAGCCUAGGAAGGAUCUGGAAGGAAGAGUCUCGUCUAUCUCGUCUCCUGUGAGGAUUACACAUCAUUUCAGCAGAGAGGGGGAGCCCCCGCGCUCCAUUCUUCGGGCUUCAGUUCACUUGGAAGAGAUGAGGCUACGGGACACCCGGGUGCCCUUCGGUGGGAACGUCUGCUGCGGGCAGAGCACACCGUUUCUGGAGGAGCAACAAGGAGUGGCUGAGUGGCGCCCCUCUGUCGUCCCCAAAUCCUCCCCAGCCCCAGGACUGGACUCGGCUGAGCUGACUGAGCAGGGACACAGCUGUGUCAUGGGAAGCCCAGGGGCCCAAAGGGACCUUCUGAGCCAGAAAAGCCACAGACGGAGAGGCAAGAUGUUUCCUUCAACUGAAACAUCUCAAUAAAGCAUUUCC